GUCUCACCCACAUCCUUCCUUCGCUCCCAUCCUCCAAAAGCCUUCCCCUCAAAAUGGUCUACAAAGUCGCUGAUGUCUCUCUCGCUGCGUUCGGUCGCAAGGAGAUCGAAAUCGCUGAGAAUGAAAUGCCAGGACUCAUGUACAUGAGGGAGAAGCACGGCGCGGCGAAGCCCUUGAAGGGUGCUCGCAUCGCUGGAUGCCUCCAUAUGACCAUCCAGACCGCCGUCCUCAUUGAGACUCUUACCGCCCUCGGUGCCGAGGUUACUUGGUCGUCCUGCAACAUCUUCUCCACUCAAGACCACGCCGCUGCUGCCAUUGCCGCCACCGGUGUUCCCGUGUUCGCCUGGAAGGGCGAGACUGAGGAGGAGUACAACUGGUGCAUCGAGCAGACCCUCGCUGCUUUCCCCAACGGCCAGUCCCUCAACAUGAUCCUCGACGAUGGAGGUGAUCUCACCAACCUCGUUCACGACAAGUACCCCCAGUACCUUGCCGACAUCAAGGGUCUCUCCGAGGAGACCACCACCGGUGUCCACCAUCUCUACAAGUCCUUCCGUGAUGGCAAGUUGAAGGUCCCCGCUAUCAAUGUCAACGAUUCCGUCACCAAGUCCAAGUUUGACAACUACUAUGGUUGCCGCGAGUCCCUCGUUGAUGGUAUCAAGCGUGCCACCGAUGUUAUGCUUGCCGGUAAGGUCGCUGUUGUCGCCGGUUUCGGUGAUGUUGGCAAGGGUUGUGCCGAGUCCCUUCGCUCUUACGGUGCUCGCGUCUUGAUCACUGAGAUCGACCCCAUCAACGCCCUCCAGGCUGCCAUGGCCGGUUACGAGGUUUGCACCAUGGAGGAGGCUGCUUACCGCGCCAACGUUUUCGUCACCACCACCGGUAACAGGGACAUCAUCACGGCCAAGCACUUUGAGGCAAUGCCCGAGGAUGCCAUCGUCUCCAACAUCGGCCAUUUCGAUGUUGAGAUCGACGUCGCUUGGUUGAAGGCGAACGCUAAGCAGGUUGUCAACGUGAAGCCCCAGGUCGACCGUUUCACCAUGGCUAGCGGUCGUCACAUCAUCCUCCUCGCAGAGGGCCGUCUCGUCAACCUCGGCUGUGCCACCGGUCACCCCUCUUUCGUCAUGUCCUGCUCUUUCACCAACCAGGUCCUCGCUCAGAUUGCUCUCUGGACUACCCCCGAGAAGUUCCCUCUCGGUGUCCACAUGCUCCCCAAGGAGCUCGACGAGGAGGUCGCCCGUGCCCACUUGAAGUCGCUCAAUGUCAAGCUCACGACCCUUUCGGACGUCCAGUCCAAGUACCUCGACAUCCCCACCAACGGCCCCUACAAGGCCUCCCACUACCGCUACUAAGCGCGUCACAUUGGCGCAUCCUUCGCUGUCGAUCUCAUCAUCUACACCCGUUUUAGGAAGGAUAUGCCGUGGCCUCAACGCCGCCCUCCACCGAGUGACUCUGAAAAAAAGGAUGGAUUGGAUAGAUUAAUAUUGGAAUCUUCAACGUUCCUUUGCUGGUGUGACGAGUCUCAACGCUCUCGUCUGUUUAGGUGGGAUGGGUGGUUCAGAACGCCACGGAGGGGGAGGAUGGAAGUGGAUGAGAAGUAGUUGGUCGAUAUAAUUGGUGUAUUAUUGUCAUUCGUUUGGGGGGGCCUCAACGAGCCCUGUCAUUGUUCAAUCGCAUUGUAUCAUUUGUGUUCUUCCUCG